GGCAGACAGGCUUGAUGAUAUUAGUUAAGUCCAUCCAUCCCUCCGUCAAUGAGUCUCACAUGAAUGAGAUGUGUGAAAUGUGUAUGCGUGAUGAUCCAUCGAUCGCCCCGACGUCUGAAUUGAGGCCAGGCCAGCUCGUGCAGCUCAGCAACCAACGCCCACCUUCACACACACGCACACGCACUCCAUGGUCACUGAUGUGCAUCACACCACACGUCUCUCUAGCCACAGUUAGUUGAUGUGCAAAAGGCCACCCCACCCUCCCUGCAGCCCUCCCACGCACGGCACCUGUCCCCAUCUCGGCUGAACAGCAAAGGCAGGUGCAGUGAGUGAGUCAUGUGCCAUGUGCGUCGCAUUCGUGUGUGACUUGUGUGUGCGGACUGCUUUCGCCCGCCAAAACCGAGAGUGAUUGGUGCUGACAACACCUCGCCGACCUGAAUUAUCACGACUCUUCUGUCCACCUCUAUCUCUCUCUGUGUGUGUGAAGCGCUCAUACGAGUGAAUAUGCACGUAGAGUAUAUGCCCGCAGUGAGUGCGUCUUAAAAGCCAUAAAGCGAGUGGAUCGAAAAAGGUGGGCUGCCGGCGCCAAGCAGCAAACAUGGCAGCCGGCCCUCAGUCACCUCCACUGCUGCUGCAUGCCCUGUGGCAUGCCCAUGCCCUGUGGCAUACCCAUCCCCCCCAUGCCGCCCAUUCCCCCCAUUCCCCCCAUCCCCCCUGCGGCCAUUCCCUGCAUGCCGCCCAUGGCCUGCAGGCCAGCCAUGCCCUGCUGCAUCCCCUGCUGCAUCCCCGGCUGGCCGCGGCCCAUACCCUGUGGCAUGCCCAUGCCGGCCCCCAUCUGCUGGCUGGUGGGAGACAUGCCCAUCCCGCCCUGUCAGUCAGGCAGCCAACACGACACACACGGUUGGUUUGUGCGUGGUUUCUAUGUAGGCGUCUUCGUGUGUGUGGUUGUGUGUACCGGCAUCAUUUGCUGCAUCAUUCUGUUUUGCUGCUGCUGCAUGCCCGCAGCCGCCAUCGAUGGGGCCAUGCCCAUCCCUGCACACCACACCGCACCAAGACACAUCCGUCAGGAUCACCCAGGGAGGUGUGGCUCACUCACUCACCGGUGGGCGUCGGCUUCAUCUGGUUCAUCGGGGGACCCAUGGAACCCAGCUGCACACACACACACACACACAAACACACAUAUGAAGUCUCAGACAAAUGGAGGGCUGUUUCUGUUUGGUGUGUUGUCUGUGCUGUGCUGUGCUAUGCUGCAUCUGUGUUGUGUCGCUCUGAUACCGUCUGUGGGUGCUGCAUGUGUUGUGUGUGGGGCAUGCCGCCCUUGUUCUCGCUCAGCGACAGGUCGUACAGAGACGACGAUAUGUCGGCCAGAAAACCGCCUGAUCACAUACACACCCACCAUCUCAUCUCAUCUCAUCUCGGCUCGUCUCGUCCACUAAUGGUGUGUGUCGAGAUGAGAUGAGGUGACUGACCGGCUUGCUGUGACGGCUGCUGUCCACCGCCGAAGGGGUUCUGCCCCUGGCCGCCCAUCAUGCCUUGCAUCGCUGCACACACCACACAAGACAGCACACCACCACAUGCAGGGACGCAUGUGCUGUGGGACGGGCGACAGACCGACCGACCCUUUUGUUGCUGCAUCUGCUGCUGCUGCUGCAUGGGGUUGGGCUGCUGCGGGGAUGCGAAGAAAUCAGGCAUCCCACCACCUGACGCGACGCAGAAACAGAGAAGAGCCCACUUCUUGACGUGUGUGGAUGUUGUCUGUCUGUCUGUCUGCCUGUCUUACCCAUGCCAGCCAUUGGGUUCUGCUGCUGCAUCAUCUGAGCAGGCUGCUGCAUCUGACACACAGGCACACAGACACACAGACAGGCACACCACACCACACCACACCAGCGACGAAUCAUGCUCUCCCUCUUGUGCAUUUGUGUGUGCGUAUGAAUGACCACCACCACCCCAGCCAGCCGUCGAGCAUGCACCUACCUGUUGCUGUGCUGACUGGAACUGAGCCCCGCCGAAGAAGUCAUCAGGCUUCCCGCCACCUACACCAACAACAACACACAUACACAGAGACCGUGAGCGUGUCGUGACUGCAUCCAUUUUGUGCUAGUGCCGUCCAUUCAUCCAUCCGCACCUGCCCCUCCAGCCAUCAUGAAGGGGUUGGCCGCGCCAGGCUGGCCGUAUGAGCGCUGAGGCUGUGGCUGCUGCUGUUGCUGUUGAUGCUGUUGAUGCUGUGGUGCGGCCAUGAAUGUGCCGAAGGCCUCCUGCCCCCCCUGCUGCGGUGCGGGGUGGCCCUGGGGGGCCGCCUCGAAGGCAUUCCAACUCGCAUCUGCACACACACCACAAAGAGAACACAUGACAUGACAGGUGUGGGUGUGUGGUGGGCGACUGACCGUCGAAGAAGCUGUUGGUGGUGGUGGGGGCGUUGUCAAAGUCGAGCAGGGAGUCGUUGCGGUCCCGACGGCCGCCACGAGACCUGCAUUUGAAGGGGAGAGGAUACACAAUACACAGACAUUGGUAAGUCAGUACGCUCGGCAUACAAGAGAAUAUGGUGUGUGUGAUGGGUCGGGUGACCGACAUACUUGUCUUUGUGGGUCUGUUGUGGUUUUCGUUUGUCGUGGUGGUGAGGCGCGUGUUUCCUGCUGGUACUGGUGUACUCCUCUUCCUCCUCUUCCUCAUCCUCUUCAUCCUCCUCCUCAUCCCUGCCACACAACAAACAGUGGACGCGCUUCCAUAGUUUGUCUCUGUCUGUGUCUGUCUGUCUGUGUCUGUGUGUCUGUGUCUGUCUGUGUGUCUUUCUUACUCGUCUUCCUCCUCUUCCUCGUCGCGAGCACGGCGAUCCCGCUCCCUGAACAAACAGAGAAUGACGUCCAGUGCCAGUCUGUGUGUUGUGUGUGUGUGUGUGGUGUUGGCCGACCUCUCCUUGUCCCGCUGCUCGCGCUGCCUGCGGUCUCGUUCCCUCUCCCUCUCCCUCUCCCGCUCACGGGCACGGUCACGCUCUAUAUGACACACCACACACCAAGAAGAUGUCACAUGGGCUGUACGUGCAGAGGGCUGGCUCACUAGUAGGUGAGCCACUCACUCACCCCUUUCUCUCUCGCGCUCUCUGUCGCGGUCUGAGCGGCCAUCGUCUCGGUCUCUGGUGGACACACACAUAUACACAUACACACAGGAGAAAAGUAGGCGGAUGUGGUUCAUCGAUGCUCGCAACUCUCGCUGCGUGCCUGUAUCUGUCACGGUCGCUGAAGCGGUCCCGAUCACGCUCACUGCACACACACACACACAGGCACAUCCGCACAACAAACACGGUGGGUGACUUCUCCCGCCCCGUGUGGUGUGUGGCUGGAUGACCCUGUGUACUGUACCGGUCUCCUCGUGCGGGGAAUGAGCCGAAUCGGUCCUUCCGGGGCUCCCAGGGGUCAUACGGACUGCAUGAAACACACACGUACACAUAACAUGGGGGGUCGACCGGCUGUGGUGUCGUCGUGUCAGUCAGUGAGGCCGGCUCCCUCACUCCAUCCCAUCCCAUCACUCACUCACCCGCCUCUGUCGAAGUCUCCGCCCCGUCCGCCGGCCGAUGUGAAGCCAGGGCCCGUCCGCUCCCCACCAGCACCGAUGCCGAUGAACUUGUCCCUGAUCACGGCACCCACACAAACGGAUGUGAUGCCGUGGACAGUCGUGUGGGAUCAGUUUGUUGAUGUGUGUACCUGUUUGCCCGCGCCUUCUCACGCUCCGUUCUGGAGGCAACAAGCAGGGCAAAGGGGCAGGGCAGGUGGCUAGAGCUGUGGCUGUGGUCUUCUCUCUCUGUAAGCGAGUGGGUGGGUGGGCGUGGGUGCACAGCUGACCUGAGCAUCUCUGAGUCGUUGACGAGCUCGCAGAUCUGUUUGGCCUUCUCGCGGACUGACACACACAUACACAAUACACACCACUCUCACAUUCUGCUGCGUUGUGGUGUGGGUGUGUUGACUGUCUGUCUAUCUGUCUGUCUGUCUGUCUGACCUCCGGUGCCCUUGUCUUUGCCCUCUUCGGUGAAGUGGAAGUCCAUCUUGCUGCGGAGCUUGUACAUGCUCUCGCGCACCUCGUCGAUGACACGCUCGCUACCGUUCUUGACCAAAUACUCCAACAACGUCAAACUCUACAUCACAAACCAUGCAUGACACACACGGGGGGUGCACACAGCAGAUAAACAUGUGGGUGUGUGGUGUGGCGCAUUCAUUUCAUUGGUUGCCUUGAAAACUCUUCGCCAGUUUUUGCCCCGCUCCUCGAUGCCCUCCCACACAGCCUUCAUGAUCAGGGAGUAAUCAUUGCUGACACACACACACACACACACACAUGCACUGAUCUCCGAACGUCUUGGGAGUGCUGGCAGGAGUGUGCGUGUGAUGCGAUCACUGCUCACUAGUCGUAUGUGGCUCUGGCGAUCUCUCCGAGCAGCGUGUUUGGGACGCCCCAGUUGGUGUUGGCCGUGGCCUCCUUCAAAUUCUUCUCCAAAGGGGAGUCACGAUGCACACUGGAGGAGGGAGCCACACACACAACACAUCACACAGACACACGCCAAGAGACACAGCGAGUCAAUUGUGCUGCUCAGACGAGGGCCUCCUCGUCUGCCCAGUGGUCCCCCAUCGGUGGCCUGACUGUCUUUCUGUCCAUCCUCCCCUCCCUCUCUGCGUGUUGUGUUGUGUUGGGUGAUGCGGCUGCUCACAGCUUGGAGGUCGCCUUUUGGGCGAAGCUCUUAAAAUUGUCAAAGGCGGAUGACAUGUUGUCCAUCGCCACGGGCACAGCUCACACGCCUGCCCAGCCAGAAGACAGACAAACGGACACCGACUCGCUGACCUCUCCCCUCCGGCAACCACCAAGAUGCUUCUCACACAAGAUCUUCAGGGAAGCAAGGCCACCAAAUUGCUCUGGUUGUCUCCCUCCUUUCUUCGUACGAGCUCAGCCUCAUUUGCGAGCUCAGCUCGCACACUGGGAGAGAAAACGAAAAAGGCACGCCCAGGGGCGAUGCACGAUGUACGGACAGGUCAUAUACACCCUAUUACGUCAAAAAUUAGGCGUAUUCCUGCUGAUCUCAUUCCCUCACCAUGCUCUGCAGGCUUCCGAGUCUCAACUGAGGGCUCAGUGGCGCUCAGCUGCCUCGGCACUCCCCCACAUGGAAUCCCACAAGGCCGAUUG